AUGGAGCUAAAGGAUAGAAAAAAAAGAGAAGCUGAUAUAGAAGUAUUACCAAGUGUUUUAGAGAUCAAGCAAGAACUACAUGUGGACAACCAGCCAUAUAUUGUCAAUAUAAUUUCAUCUGAAUACAUAAAACAAGAGGAGUUUACAGAAACUGAUGAUACAAAAGCAAUUGUAUUGUCAACAUGUGAAAACAAAAAUCAUGAUUUAUUAUCAGAAUUUACAACACAUGUAGACAACAAACCAGAUAGACUUGAUAAUGAUAUAUUUUCUGUUUUUGAAGAUAUAAAACCUGCUGGUUUGAAUGCAGGUUUAAACAUAUCACUAGAGACAACUCUUAUUGACAAUAUUGCUAAUAUAAAGACAGAGAUAUCAACUGAUUCAUCAGAGCUUAAGGAUAUGUCUAUAAAUAACAAUGAAAAUCCAACAUCUAUUCAGGUUGUAUCAUUAAAGAAGUGUAAGAAGAAAAACUUAAAAUCUUCAAUGUUUAAAACUCUUCGAGUAAAAUGUAAAGAAUCACACACAGAUGCUAGGUCAUAUAAGUGUAAUGUAUGUCAUAAAAACUUUGCUACAAGAAGUAAACGAAAUCAACAUAAAUCUAUUCAUUCAGAAGAGAUGGUUUGUGGGUGUUAUCUGUGUAAUCAAAGGUUUCCUUUAAAUAGUAAACUCAACCAACAAGUUCACAAAAUAGUGAGAGCACAAAAGUGUGAUGUGAACCAUAAAAUGUUAGGUUCAAAGAAGAAACUAAAUCAACAUAAAGCAAUUCAUUCAGGACAGAGGCUGCAUAAGUGUGAUGUUUGUCAUAUAAAGUUUACUAGAAGAAGAGAAAGGUUACAUGAAUGUGGAGUCUGUCAUAAAAAAUUUACUACAAGUGGUAAUCUAAAUCAACAUAUAUCUAUUCAUUCAGCGGAAAAGUCACACAAGUGUGAUGUAUGUGAUAAAAAAUUUGCUUCAAAGAGGUAUCUAAAUCAACAUAAAGCUAUUCAUUCAGGAGAAGGGCUACAUGAAUGUGAUAUAUGUCAUAAAAACUUUAUUAACAGGACCAACCUUAUUAAACAUAAAGCAAUUCAUUCAGCAGUAAAGUCACAUGAAUGUGAUGUAUGUCAUAAAAUAUUUACUUCAAAGAGUAAUCUAAAUCAACAUAAAGCAAUUCAUUCAGGAGAAAAGCUGCAUGAAUGUGAUGCAUGUCGUAAAAGGUUUUCUAGAAAGUCGUCCCUAAACCAACACAGAGCAAUUCAUUCAGCCAAAAAGUCUUAUGAGUGUGAUGUAUGUCAUAAAAAAUUUACAACCUGGACUUACCUAAAUCACCAUAAAGCUAUUCAUUCAGAAGAGAAGCUACAUGAAUGUGAUGUGUGUCAUAAAAAGUUUUCUAGAAAAUCCUCCCUAAAGCUACAUAAAUUAAUUCAUUCCACAGAAAAGUUACAAGAGUGUGAUGUAUUUGCUUCAAAGACUCAUCUAAAUCAACAUAAAACAAUUCAUUCAGGAGAGAUGGGACAUGAAUGUGAUACAUGCCAUAAAAAGUUUACUACCAGUUCUACUCUAAUUAAACAUAAAAUAAUUCAUUCAGCAGAAAAGUCACACGAGUGUGAUGUGUGCCAUAAAACAUUUACUACCAAGGGUAACAGAAAUCUACAUAAAACAGUUCAUUCAGAAGAAAAGCUUCAUGAAUGUGAUGUGUGUCAUAAAAGGUUUUCUAGAAAGUCUUACCUAAUGGAACACAUAGCAAUUCAUUCAGCAGAAAAGUCUCAUGAGUGUGAUCACAAAAGUUAUAUGAGUGUGAUGUUUGUCAUAAAAAGUUUACCACCAAGGUUAACCUAA